GACGGCUUACUGCAGCCCGACUGAUCCAGGUGGAGCGCGGCAGAAUGGGAUGACUGGUACUAGAAAGAGCAAAGAGGUGGAGGGUGACCCUCACCUCCAUGUCAUCGGCUAAGAGCUUUGGUAGAAAAACCAGGACUGAGACCAUCUCCAGACUGCAGGAGGCUGUUUGAGUUCAUUUCCAAAAACCGCAGGCUUUUCUGAAUUCUGUGCUCAUCUGACUUUUGUCGACUCUUGAUAUGGACCCUGGUUGACACUGGAUUGUCUUGGCUUUAAACGAGAGGGGAUUCGCAUGUGGAUUUGAAUGCUGAUGAGGAGCACUUGAGCUUUGGGACUAGAGCUCUGUAACAGGAGCACGUGGAGAUGUUUGGCUUCUCCAAGAUGCCAAAGCUGUCUAGCCACAGGAAUAAAACGACGGGCUGGCCACCCCCCGGCCCCGGUUCCUGGGGAGGACUGCAGGGCCCCCCGUACAGCUGGGACAGCAUGAACAGCAGCAGAGAUGGACGGGACUUCCUCACCCACCAAGGCUCCGCGAGCAGCUCCCUGGAGGAGGUCCACCUGGACGGGUUCCCCCCCGCCCCUCGGCUGGUGGAGAUGCGCCGGGACCCGGUCCUGGGCUUCGGCUUUGUGGCCGGCAGUGAGAAACCGGUGGUGGUCCGCUCCGUCACGCCAGGUGGUCCAUCGGAGGGGAAGCUGCUGCCUGGCGACGAGAUCAUCAUGAUCAACGAUGAAGCCGUCGGCUCGGCUCCGAGAGAGAGAGUCAUCGAUCUCGUCAGGAGCUGCAAAGAAUCCAUCACCCUGACCGUUGUUCAGCCGUAUCCCUCCCCUAAAUCAGCGUUCAUCAGUGCAGCCAAAAAAGCCAUGCUCAAGUCCAAUCCGGUCAAAGUGCGCUUUGCUGAGGAGGUCAUCAUAAACGGGCAGGUUCCGAAUCCGGUGAAGGACAACUCGCUUCUGUUCAUGCCAAAUGUCCUGAAGGUUUAUCUGGAGAACGGGCAGACGAAGUCUUUUCGCUUCGACAGCAGCACCUCCAUCAAGGAAGUUAUCCUGACCCUGCAAGAGAAACUGUCAAUCAGAUGCAUCGAGCACUUCUCGCUCAUGUUGGAGCAGAGGACUGAGGACUGUGGAAGCAGACUGCAUUUGCUGCACGAGCAGGAGAUGCUUACUCAGGUGACCCAGAGACCCGGUUGUGACAAGAUGAAGUGUUACUUCAGGAUCAGCUUCAUGCCCCGGGACCCUGUGGAGCUGCUCCGGAGAGACGCGGUGGCGUUUGAAUACCUCUAUGUUCAGAGUUGCAACGACGUGGUCUUAGAGCGCUUCGGCCCGGAGCUGAAAUACGAUGCUGCGCUGCGAUUGGCUGCUCUCCAGAUGUACAUCCUCUCCAUGACGACCAGACAGAGCCAGAAGGUCUCCCUUAAAUAUAUACAAAAGGAGUGGGGUUUGUCGCUUUUCCUGCCUCCGAUUGUGCUGUCCAGCAUGAAGGAGAAAAACAUCAAGAAGGCUCUGACACACAUCCUCAAAACCAACCAGAACCUCGUGCCUCCAGGGAAAAAACUGACUGCUUUGCAGGCCAAGGUGCAUUACCUGAGGUACCUCAGUGAGCUCAAACUUUAUGGAGGGAGGGAGUUCAAAUCAAUACUUUUGCAAGGGGAGAAACAAACCGAUGUGACGCUCUUAGUGGGGCCGCGAUACGGAAUCAGUCAUGUCAUCAACAUGCGGACCAACCUGGUCGCCCUAUUGGCCGACUUCAGCCACGUCAACCGCAUUGAGAUCCUCACGGAAGAUGAGACCAACGUCCGGCUGGAGCUCCACGUUUUAGAUGUCAGGCCCAUCACACUGAUCAUGGAGUCAAGCGAUGCAAUGAACCUUGCUUGUCUAACAGCAGGCUACUAUCGCCUCCUGGUGGACUCCAGGAGAUCUAUUUUCAACAUGGCCCAUUGCAAUAACACAGGAGGCGACGAUGCAGGUCAGGACCGUGUCCUGGAGUGGCCGUACAGCACGUCUCUGGGGGACCAUGAGGAGCUGCCACAGGGCGAGCUCUACAACCGGGAGUAUUCAGACAACAGGGAAAGGGAAAACAGCAUUUCUCCGUACUUCCAAGAACCACCCAACCCGGACGGUGACCUGGGGUCACGGUCCAGCCCGCUGCCCCCCCCUCUCCCUCCCGCUACCAGGCACAAAACUCAAGACUCCCCCCGGAGCGCCAAAGUGUCAUUUAUCUUCAGUGGGAACCCAGCGUUGAACAGGCCUAGGAACAUCGGCUACGAGAGACUGUCGGAGACCCCAGAGCUGUCGGAGCAGGGCCCGCCCUUCACGCACAACAGCUCAGACUUCCAGCAGGACCGGGUGCCGUUCCAGUUCAGCGGCCUCACGCACGUCUACAGCAACAUCAUCACCGAGGAGGACGGUGAGGAGCCGGUGCUGAGAGACCUGUUCUACCGCGACACUACCGAUGACGCGGAGGAUGACGACGAUGCCUCCUGCGAGGAAGACUCCACCGGGGGGACGCCAGUGGGGGAAAACAGACAGGGUGGGGGUGUAGACUGUGUGCCCACCGCCGCCAGCAAAGCUACCUUCCUCAUGCUCUCCGGUUCCACCGAUGACAUCAUCGACCUCACGGCACUGCCCCCUCCCGAGGGAGACGACGGCGUCGACGAGGACGACGACGACACACUGCUGCAGACGCUCAACCUUGCGAUCGCAGCCCCACCGCCGGGGUUUCGGGACAGUUCAGACGAGGACACGGUACAGGAGGGGAGGCCUCUAAGCACAUGUGAUAACGACGACAUCCCAGUGUCGCUGAUCGAUACGAUUCCAACACACGGAGAGGCGGGAGGGAGCAGGGGAAGCGAGAGGCUGGAGAACGCCGUCGUUAAUACUCUACAGGCAUUACAGGAUCUUUCAGUCGCUGAACAGAGACCUCGCCGACCACCACCCAGCACCAACAACCCAGGUGUUUAUUCAUCUCAUGGCCUUAGCCCAGAGUCAUCCUCAGAUUCUGGCAAUGAAACCAACUCUUCAGAGAUGACCGAAAUCUGUGAACUGACUGCUACUCACAGGAUCAACGAAAGCCACAUGCGCCUACUGGUGGCCACAAGGGAAGGAUACCAACCUUUACUUGAGGAGAAAACAGAAUUCCCUGUUUCACCCAAUUCAAGUGGCGCAAUAGAGAAGAAACCUCGUAGUCCGACGCGACAUCUUCAGCCUCCAGCAGUUCCUCCAAGACGGAGCCCCCAGUCAGACGUAGCAUCAUCAGGACCAGAUAGAUUGGAGGUGAGAUCCCAGACUAAUCUCUCAGCAAGUCUGCAGCGACCAAGUUCUACCACGCCAGGAGGCAAGCACCAUAAGAAAUCUGCGGACUUCGUGGGAAAGUACAACACUUUCAGCACAAGGGAGGGAUGUCGAGGCGAGAGCUUUAGCAGGCGUAGUUUUGUUGACUUAGACCAGCGCACAUCAUUCUGCGAGCGAGAUGACAGUAGGAGAGGACCCAAUUCCUUUCUAUCCGAAAACUCUGUGACAGAGGACGUUGGAGUAAACAGCCUCCCUCAUAACCACCGCAGGAAUCCCCGCCCUUCUUCCACUGUUUCCGAUUGCUUCUUAGACGUCGCCAGCUUGAGAGAUUGUGUUGCAGAGGACAGAGCUGCCGCCGCUGAACAAGAUGAACAUCUAGUUGUAGCAUCUCUCCUGUCCCCAGCCAAAAAGCCCAGAUCAGUGGGGUCUGACCAGGGAUCUGACACACAAAGUGGCCAUCAGCCAAUUUCGAGACAACAGAGCGUUGCACGGUUGUGUGAGUACCAUCUAGCUAAAAGGAUCUCAAAUUUGCAAGGAGAAGCACACAGUUCACUGCAGGGUUCUCUGUGCUCAUCACUGGAUGCUGGCGGCAGCACGAACAGUAGUGCCUGUGCCACACCGACUGACUCUCCUCUCGGCCCGGGUGCAGUUGAAGCUGCACACCAACGGUUGCAGAGGCAUCCGCUUUCUAAUUCCUCGUCCUCGCUACUCAAAGGGCUAAAUUGUGAAGAUAAAGCUGGAAUUCCUCCUGGCGUCCAUGGCCAGAGCACUCAAGGUAAAGAACAUCCUCAUGCAGAUCCUGCCCUCCUACGGAAAAUGCUGCCCAACAUUUAUCCCCCUCUCGCUGGAGAACCAGGCCGACCCUCCUCAGCCAUGUCAUCUAAGCAUAAGGACACCGCAGCCACGGGAAACAAGAAGCCCCACAGGGAUUUGCAUCCUAAACAACAGGCUGGUUUUAAGGGUCUUAACCCAAAGGAAGGUAGUGAGGCCUAUAGACAACUCAUUAACUACCUAACAGUCAGCCAGAUGCACCAGGGAGGGAAGCUGCACAGCGCAGGCAUGGGAGGGGCAGUGAAAAAGGACACAAGGCGCUUUAUCACAAGCAACCCUCAGCUUUUUGAAAUGGUUAAGAACAGAGGGAAUGCCAAUGCUCGCUGUCCGUGUAUGCCUUCUUCUAUAUCGUCCCCUUUCCUCAGUCCAAAUUUCGUAGUCCCUCAUGGAGCCAAUUUGCAGGUGGGAAAUACAAAUCCACGGCCAUACUACUCUGCCACCCUUCCUGCCAAACUCAAGAGAAGCCCGGAUAUGCAUGCCGAGAGACCGAAUGGGAGUUUAGAUUUCAGACAAGCUAUCACUGAGAGGAGGAGCUCCUUCUCUGGUCUGGAAAGUGAGCUAGGGAGGGUUGGUAUGAAUCCAGAGCACUUUCUGUCACUUUAUAAAAAAGAGGACUGGGUCAAAUGUGAUGGGGGAUUAAAUCCAAGCAGAAACCAUGAAGCUGGUGGGAGCAAUCACCACCCCCCUACCCGCUCAAGAAGCCAACCUAGUAGCAGCACGGAUGAUUGGUUCAAGUCAGACUUGAAAUCAAGAGAUGCAGCUCGUCAAUCGUAUCCACGUCCAAAUGAUCCUCUUUGUUUCUCUGCAACUCCUAGUUUAGGUGGGGAGCGUGCAGACUUCAAUGCCCUCUCGUUAGGAAGGGGAGACCACCCUUCAGCUUUCGUCAGACAGGCAUCAAGUAGCUCGAGAGCUCACGUUACAUCUCCAAUACCUAACCCACAAUCUCCACCUCCACCACCUCCCUUACCGCCCCCUCCUCCUUUACCUCUGCCCAUUCAAGCCAACACUAGCUCCAGCAAUUCAGGCUACCCGCAAGAUCCCAUCCACGCUCGGCAGAACCAGAACCACAUUCACGCCGCCACUCCAACCAUGCCACAUGCGGACCACUGCCUCACUAGCAUGCAACGGGGCAGGGAGCUCAAACGCAGCUCAAGUAAUGUGACCGCCGGUUCUGGGAGCGUGGAAGUCCUUUUUGAUAAGCCCACGCGAAGCCGCAGCCAGCAACCCUUGUCACCAGCUAUGUCCCAGCAAGGUGACACCAAAGUCCAACGGAGGCCGACGAGGAAACGUCUCUCCAAGAGUUACUCCCAAGGCUCUGUUUCCUCUCACACCACAUGCUGGUCUACUGGCAGUACAAUAGACAGCAGGAGGGCGUCUGUUGCAUUUCCAGUACACAAGGACUCAAAACACAUGAAGGGCUCUCAAAAACUGGACACUAGCCCCUGGAGGUGCAACGGGCCUUUUAGCUACUGCUUCUUUAAACGUAAGAGUGAUGGCGAAGAAGAUGAGAUGGAGUGGGACAGGCCCCGAGGAAGUCGUGGCGGUGGCAGCAUGGACAGCAAUGGUGCGUCCAUUUUAGCCAUGGAUCCCGAAGCGGAGCAGCUGUACGGAGAGGUCCUCAACAACAUGAGCUUCAGUGACCGCCUGGCACGAAUUAACUCCCUCAAGGAUCGCAUGUAUUGCUACCCUUCUGGCUUUCUUGACGUCCGCCGUGAUGCCAGCGAGCUCAUUGCGCUGGUAAGAUCCAGUAUAGGUCGCUGUGAUCGAGGAGUCCAGAUGCCCAUUCAGGAUGUAUCCCAGUACAAGCAGCUGCUUUCUAUCGAGUCGAAAGAGUUGGGCCGAGCAUGCCGGAGGAUGGCACAGGCCCACAGUAGUCCAGACGAAAUGCUGCUAGCGGUAACAUGUAGCUUCCAGGUGCUAUGCUGUCUUUGUGAAGCUUGCAUGUGUCUGGUCAGGGGGCUCGGCGUCUCCGCCUCACACCAACAAAGGGAGGUUGUCGCAAAGGUGGAUGAGGUGGUUAUGAACUAUAUUUGUUUGCUCAAAGCGGCCGAGGCCGCUACCAUAGGAGCACCAGGGGAGCACAGCGUGAAAGCCCUGGUCCGCCACUCCAGUACUAUGUCGGCCAUUGCUAACGCUCUCACUCGCUCCCUUAAAACGCUGCUAAGCAAGUAGAGGCUGUUCUUUUACGUCUAUAAGUGUGGCCUAUGCAGUCAGCACAAGUCUGUCUUUGAGUAUCUUGCUGCUUCUGAGUUGUCUGGAAGAGUCGUGUAUUUCAUAUCAUGUCUGGAUGGUCUUGAUGAUGAAAGUGAAAAAGUUUAAGAUUUAUUGCAAUAGGACAGAAACAUUAAUGUAAAUAAGAGAUUAGGAAGAUGCUAAAAGAAAGUCUGCUGACUGCACUUGCUUUUUCUGUUGACAAUAUUGUAAUAGUUACAAAGCCAUACUGUCACAGACCUUUAUAAUAUACAGUAUGUACCUAAGUAUACCCUUUUACCUGUGCAUUAUGUAACUUAUGUAUAUAAUGUAUAUAAACACAUUCAAAAUAUAUAUAACUUGCAGUAGCAGUUUAAAGAAGCCAUGGAGUACUCCAUUUAGUUUGCUUUAAUAUUGUGCAGGGCUGGGAUGAAUGCAAUUUCAAUUCAAUCAGUUCAUGAGGUGCAUUUUUAUUACAGAUAUGUGGUGAAGAUGAUAAUGAAAAUUAAUUGUAGAGCUUUAAACUAAGUGUGUCGCUGUGAAUUAAUUUCAAACAGUGCAGUUUUGUUUUUGCAGGAUGACGGGUAUAUUUGUUAGAACUAUUGAAAAAAACGGUACAGAAAGUAAAUUAAAUAGCAUUUUAUCCAUUCAUCACAGUUUACAUCUUACAUGAUUUUCUAAGACUAAUUAGCAAAUCAUAAAGUAUUUCACUAAAACUGAAUACAUAAAAUUAGUAUUGUAACAACAUUUUAGAUGACUAGAGGAAUUGUUUCAAAUUGACGGCUGUGUUGAUUAUAUCAAAUUAGUUUUUGUUUGUUUUACUUAUUUGUUUUGGAGUAUGUUUUGUGCUUGAAGUAUUCAUUAUUUCACACAGUGUAUCAGGAUGCAGAUAUGAAGAAGAUACAAUUCUGCUUCUUUUUUUUCAAUAAUCCA